AUGCUGAAGAAAUGGCCAAAAUACAGGAACAGUGAGAAGAUGUAUCGCAGAGUAUACAAAGGGAUUCCUUUACAAGUCAGAGGUCAGGUCUGGUCACUGCUCUUGGAUGUUGACACAAUGAAGUCUGAGAAUGGGGGGAAAUAUGAGAAAAUGAAAGAUCUGGCAAAGAUGUAUUCAACAGAGAUCAAGCAGAUUGAUAUGGAUGUGAAUCGUACAUUCCGCAAUCACAUUAUGUUUCGGGAGCGUUAUGGAGUCAAGCAGAGGGCAUUGUUUGAUGUUUUAUCAGCAUAUUCUGUUUACAAUACGGAAGUCAGCUACUGUCAGGGGAUGAGUCAGAUUGCAGCGGUGCUCCUCAUGUACCUUAAUGAGGAGGAUGCUUUUUGGGCUUUAGCUCAGCUGCUAACCAACCAGAGACACGCAAUGCACGGUUUUUUUAUUCCUGGAUUUCCAAAGCUCCAGAGGUUUCAGAGUCACCAUGAACAAAUUCUCAGCAAGUUAUUCCCUAAAUUGAAGAAACACAUGGACAAGGAGGAUAUGUCUACUGGCAUUUAUACAACAAAGUGGUUUCUGCAGUGCUUCUUAGACCGGACACCGUUUACUCUCACUCUGAGGCUGUGGGACAUCUACAUUUUGGAAGGAGAGCGAGUGCUGCCAGCGAUGGCUUACACCAUACUGAAACUACAUAAAAAACGCUUGUUGAAAAUGUCAAUGGAGGACCUUCGGGAAUUUCUCCAAGAGAAGAUUGCCCGUUCCUUGAGCUACGAUGAUGAUAUUGUGGUUGAACAAUUACAGACAUCGAUGGCGGAGCUAAGGAAAAUGAAACUUGAGCUGCCUCCUCCAGGUAAAGCUGAAGAGUUUCCCAAAAAGACUUUGGGUCAGGAUAUUCCUGUACAUUUACUACCAGUUAGAUCAGGUGCAGAGCCCAAUGCUCAGAAGAAGGCAGAUGGUGAGAAUUCUCAACAAACCAUCAAACCCCCUAUUGACAUUAAUGAUAAUAACUCAAAUGCAGCUGAUAUCAUCAAGCCUCAAACAAGUACCCUGCAGAUAAAUGGCACUUCCAAAGCUACUGCAGUAGGAGGGAUGAGUAGCAAAGCAGAAGAAACUGUUUCUGCAGAAGUAGUAAACACUCCCAAGGACGUGGAGCAGUUUACUAUGGAGCAUGUUUCUGUGAAAGCUCCAGAAGAUGAGUCAGAGCCUCAAAAUGUCAUAUCUCUCAAUAUUUCCCUAAACAAUAAAGCAGAAAACAUUUUGUGCCAAGAAACCAUUUUGGGGUCAAAUGAUCAGCUUGAAAGUGUACUUGAACACAGUUCUGCAGCAGAAGGAUCAUCUGAAUUUAAAACUAAAGUCAACAGCCUUAAUGUACCA